CUUCUGCAGCACUAUCACACUACCAAUAGCAAAAGUCGGUCUUCUUCGGUGCACGCACCAGCAUACUACUGAUACGGGCGGGUGGCUCCUCAUGCAUCACAAGCCCCUUGAGCAACUACUCGAGUACGAUCUCGGCGGGUGCUGGUCGUACAACUUCACCACUUCCCAACCGAGAGUAUAAGACUAUAAGUUGCUUUCGGCCUCCCUCUGCCCUCACUCGCUCCCAAUCGACUGGGUUUGGUUUAGUCUCCUCCCAACUACAGUAUCAGACCUCUUUCACGCCAGCUUUCCGUGUCUGUGCCUCUCAUCAGCCUGAGCCUUUAGGGAACCCUAACCCUAACCAAAAUGAGGAUCGGGUGUCUUCAGUUCGCUCCCCAGGUAAAUCUAGAUCCACGAUGUUGAGGGAUACGGAAAGCGCAGAGUACAAGCCAUACUGAUACCAUGGAAGGUCGGUGAUGUCGACAACAACCUCAAUCGAGCAGAUGCAGUACUAAGUAAAGCCAAUCCCAAGAACCUGGACUUGUUGGUACUUCCAGAGCUCUGUUUUUCGGUCAGUCAGCUCCCAACCGUUGGUGAAUUCUGCAGCGGGGCAGUGGCAUUUGGGGGAAGCAGAUCCACCCGAUGCCACACUUCUGCCGGCGAUACUGGUCCAUAAUUUCUCAGCGGCGCAUACUAACGUCCUUCUCACAGGGCUACAAUUUCAAAUCAUUGCAGCACAUCACUCCCUUUCUCGAGCCGACGACCUCCGGAAUAACUUCCUUAUGGGCUCGAACUACAGCGUUGAAAUACAACUGUAUCGUUACCGCUGGAUAUCCCGAAAAAGUGGAUAUCAAGGCAAAAUGGCCCGCAUCUCCAGAAUACUAUAAUUCUGCCAUCACCGUAAAUGCCGAAGGCGAGACCGUUGCGAAUUAUCGAAAGUCUUUCCUCUACUACACUGAUGAAACAUGGGCUCUAGAGGGGUCAGGAUUCUAUAGUGGUGAGAUUGACGGCCUUGGAAAUGUUGCAAUGGGAAUUUGUAUGGACCUCAAGUAAGUUUGCUUGCGAUGUGUGUGGCGUUGUUGGUGGAAUCCCAAAAAGUAUAUAUCUCCGGCGCGUACCGGUUGGUGUUGGUUACCCGCCCUGGUGGUCUAUGUUUUGUUCUGCUUUGCAUAACAGAACAUGAUUUGUCCAUCUUUUCCGUUUGCGUUGAAUUGCCAGCAUAGAUUCAAAGAUAACUAACAUUGUAUUCGUAGCCCCUACAAAUUCGAAGCACCAUGGAAUGCCUGGGAAUUCUCCUACCACAUUCUCUACAAAAAGGCGAAUCUGGUAGUCAUGUCAAUGGCAUGGCUUACCCGUGAAGAUUUUACCACUUUUAGUGUAGCGCAACAUGACCCAGACAUGGAAACUCUUUCAUAUUGGCUGUCCAGGCUUGAGCCGUUGAUCAGAGCCGAAACAGUCGGGGAAAUAAUCGUGGUUCUAGCAAACCGGUGUGGAAACGAAGGAGAGGUUGUGUAUGCUGGAACGAGCACGGUACUUGGUAUCCAGGCUGGCGAGGUCAAAGUAUAUGGUAUACUUGGCCGCGGUGAAAAGGAACUUUUGGUUGUCGACACCGACAGAAGACCAAAAGCCAAGCUUAUAUCACAGCCCAACUCAGCCGCGUCAACUGCUACUGAUACCACUGCACAAUCAAGAGAUACAGAAGCCUCUGGAUCGACCGGUGACACCUCACCAGAUGACGAUGAAAUGGCGGAUUACACUGAUGGAUAUGGUUCCUUGUCUGGGAAACAUACUAAUAAUCACUCGGUAUCUUCCGCUACAACAUCAUCUGACGAGGAGAGUCAUUAUCGAAGCACGAUGAACUCUGCUGGUCAAUCCCCUCGAUUUCCUGUUACUCCAGAUCGGACCCCCACAUCACCCAAAAAGCGUGGAAAGAUUCCAGCAUCUUCAAGCUCCUCAGAGGUGACUCCUACUUCUCCUCAUGUCAGAGGAAGAACUCGGGCUCGUGAAGACGAUUUCGCAACCCAGGAGUCAGGAUGGGUUUAUCCCGAGAAAAGGUCGCCGCUUAAUUCCACCGACAAUAUUCCGCCCAAACCUACUUCAAUAUCUGGUCAGAGUUCCCCAAAAGCAGGGAGUCAAACACGCGAUCGCACUCUUGGUGAGCGCAUUCGAGAACGAACGAGGGAACGCGCGGAGAAAGAACGCUCUUUUCGGUCUCAACAUACCCAAUCGCCGAAACUCACUCAUCCCUCUUCUCCCCGGAAGAGGGAUCGUUCGGAAAAGCGAUCUGUCACAUCACCUAGAGAUGCACCCCCUGUACCCAGUCUACCUCCUUCGCCUCAUAAAAGAGGCCGCACUCGAGAGCGAUCACAGCAGUCCUCUUCUGAUAUGUUGUCAAAACAAGGUUCCUCUUCCCAGCCCAGUCAAGCUCCUCCCUCACAGAAAAGAAGUGAGACUCGGGACCACACGAGGGAACGCACUAGAGAACGUAAACAGGACAGAACUCAAGGUCGUUCCUGCGAACCAACAGAUGAGCCUAUGCCACUAUCGAUGGAGCCCAAGACUGCACUUUCAUCAAAGCAAGACGGCACUCGGCAAAACGCUGAUAUACCACCACCGCUGCUCUCCAAGGAUGUUUAUUCUCCUAAGCUCAGCCAGCCUUCUCCUGCACAGGAAAAGACCUCCAAUGGGAAUAGCAAUCAAGACAAUGGGGAAGAUGCCCCGGUUCUACUCUCACCUCAUGUUUACUCGCCCCGUUUUUCUUCAAAACGAUCACCGACGACUUCUCCUCGAUUGCCUCCUCCCCCAGCCACAAACUCUGAAAAUCUUGGGCCCAAGAUUGCCGUUGUUACUCAAGGACUAAAGCCAGAAGCAAAAGCAAACUCUUCACUUUCUUCUACCAUUAAAUCCCCACUUCCCUCUGAUUCAGUUGGUACAGAGCACUAUCAGUCAUCAUUCACUAGUAAGACCUUAGGCACUCGAAGUGAGCAUGUUUCGAGUCGCCCACGAAGCGCUUACUGGUAACUUGUCAAUUGACAUUUCAAGUUCAUAUUUAUUUCCGGAGUAUCAAUGCUUGAUAUAUCCUCUUAUAUUAGUUUAUCUUUUUAUUGCAGCAUGGUGUUUGGAAUAAGCGAGUAUACCAGGGUGGGUGUUUACGGAGUAAGGAGUUUAGGGGUUUCAUUUUUUUGAGAUCGAAAGCAUUAUACCUGGAAAUUGAAGCGUCUUUGUUCUGUGUUAUGUAUAUUACUUUGAGCGCACAAUAUGAAAUGGUUUUCUAC